GCUUUGUGUGACUCGAAGCCAACAGAGCUCAUUCAUUUUUAACAGUUUGGACUGAACACAUCUCUCUCGUUGAAUAAAAAAAUAAUAUGAAAAAUUAAACAAAAUUCCAAAUUCAUAGCCAAGGACUAACUUCAACGUAUUUCUUCAGCAGCAGAAAAUCGAACUGUGGCAUUUGAGCUCUACCUACAAAUUCUAGAGUCGGUUCGUGAGUCUCGUCAGGCAAAUCCAAAACUUUCAAGAUGGUUCUGAUGCUCUGCUGCAGUUUCGAUCCCUUCUAUGUGGGACCCUGCCCACCCGGCUGCCUGGCUCCCCUCAUGGGGGGCACUCCCUACUGUGGUUGUGGGCCCUGUGGUGGCUGCAGUCCUUGCUGUGGUUGUGGUCCCUGUGGUGGUUGCAGCUCGUGUCCUUGCGGCUGGUAAUGUACUUAUCAAGAGUGAUAGCUCAGAAAUAUUAUCUGUUAACAGUAAGCGGUAAGGAGCUAGAGAUCAAGCUUUUAUGCACCGCCGACUGCUGAAGAGAUAUGUUGCUGUUUGAAAUCCUUUCCUUGGCGGGGGCUUUAACACCCAAGCUCUCCAAAUAGUUAAUGAGUUCUUCGGUUGUCGCAGUUCAUAAAUAAAAUGAACUGCCUUAAAAUUUGA